UAUGAGUUGGAACCAACUUGAUGGCAAUGAGUUUUUUGUUUUUUUUGGAUAAUCAUGCUGCCUAACCCUUUUCUUUUUAGGAGUUGGUAAACUUUCUGUAAAGGGCCAGGUAGUAUAUAUUUCAGGCCUUAGGGGUCAUAUAGUCUCUGUUCUAUCUACUCUGUGGCUAUAGCACCAAAGCAGCCAGGGACAAUAUGUAAACAAAUGAGUGUGCCUGUGUUCCAACAAAUGUUACUAAUGAAAACGGGAGGCUAGCUAUGUUUGGCUCAUGGGCUGUAGUUUGCUAACCCCUCUAGUUGCUUAGUAGGCAAGGGUUUUUCUGUUCCUUUUUUUUUUUUUUUUAAUUUGGUAUUUCCAUCCCAUGUAACUAGCUAUUCAAGAAUUUAUGUUAAAAUGUUAAUGUAAUUGGACUCACCUUUGCUUUUUUCAGAAAUGGCCAAUCUCUCAAGAGGAGAAGAAUUUAUGCUUUAAUAUGAUUUAAACCAGAAAUUAAUCUCUUCUUUUAUUCUUACCUGUUCUGCAGAUGCCUUACAUCUGGACAGCCUUACAGGGAAUCCAAGACUGGGAUUGACACUUUUCUCAUAUGUAGCCAACCGAAUCCAUGCUUCAUGUGAAAGGCCAAAAUAUGCAGAAAUAAAGGAUGAUGCUUUGGAUGUGACAAGAGGACAAAAGUGCCCAGGCCCCACAGGUGGCCCCCACCCAGGAGCAGAUCUUUCAGGUUACUUCAGGAUGACUGAUGACGUAAGCAUGAAAGAGAAUGGUGCUGAACACUUGUGUUCUGAGAACCUGCCACAAUCCAGGGAAUAUCCCACACUACCAGUGCCUGGACACACUUCAUCCACAGAUAGUACUGUAAUUUCAAGUGAUGCUAGCUCAGAAAUUUUGAAUAUGGCUGCUGGUGGCCUUGACUGUAGAUCGCUCUGUGAGAAAGAGGAAGAUACAAGAUCAGCUUCUACCAUGAUAGAGACUCAAGGCACCAGCCUGGCUCAUGACGAUACUCCCCUCCAAGGCUCUAUGAGUGAGGACAAAGCCAUAUUAAACCUGGAAGCCAAAGAGGAACCAGAAACAAUGGAAGAGCAUAGAACAGAAUGUGCUGCAGGAGACACUGCUGUUUCUCCUCUUCCUGUAACUACAGUGAAAUCGGUCAACUUUAGACAAAGCGACAACAUUUCUGCUAAUGAGAAGGAGGUAGAGGCCGAGUUUCUCAGGUUAUCUUUGGGAUUUAAGUGUGACUGGUUUACCUUGGAGAAAAGAGUGAAGCUGGAAGAGAGGUCCCGUGACUUGGCAGAAGAAAAUUUGAAGAGGGAAAUCACAAACUGUUUAAAGCUAUUAGAGUCUUUAACACCUCUGUGUGAAGAUGACAACCAGGCCCAGGAAAUCAUUAAGAAGCUGGAGAAGGGCAUAACAUUCCUUAGUCAGUGCACAGUACGAAUGGCCAGUAGGGCCGAGAUGUUGGGAGCCAUUAAUCAGGAAAGCCGGGUUAGUAAAGCAGUUGAAGUGAUGAUUCAGCAUGUAGAAAACCUGAAGAGAAUGUAUGCCAAAGAGCAUGCUGAAUUAGAAGAACUGAAACAGGUUCUUUUGCAGAAUGAAAGAUCUUUUAACCCUCUUGGAGAUGAAGGUGACUGCCAAAUUAAAAAACGUUCAGCUUCUCUAAACUCCAAGCCAUCUUCUCUUCGAAGAGUAAGCAUUGUCUCUCUGCCUAGAAAUACUGGAAAUGUAGGAACGAUGGCUGGGAUGGAAAACAAUGACCGAUUCAGUCGGAGGUCAAGCAGUUGGCGUAUUUUGGGGUCAAAGCAGAGUGAACACCGUCCCUCACUAUGUCGAUUUAUUAGCACCUAUUCCUGGGCAGAUGCUGAAGAAGAAAAAUGUGAAGUAAAAACUAAAGACAACUCAGAACCACCUGGAGAAGAAACAGUAGAAAGGACAAGGAAGCCAAGUCUCUCUGAAAAGAGAAAUGAUCCAUCAAAAUGGGAUGGUUCUUCAAUUUAUGGCACAAUAGCUUCCUGGGCAACAAAUCUCAAGACUUCCUUCAGAAAAGCUAAUAAGGCACUCUGGAUUUCUGCUGCAUUCACUGUACUGUUUGCAGCUUUGAUGAGCUUCCUCACAGGCUUAUUUUUCCAAAAGCCCGUGGAUGCCACUCCCACACAGAGUGGGGACUCCUGGAUGUCUCUAGAACAUGCCUUGUGGCCUUUUACCAGACUCCAACACAAUGGGCCACCACCAGUGUGACUGCAGCACAUCUUAACAUGUGCACUUUGAUUUCUAAAAUUUCGGUAUCUGAACUCUGUAAACUAGUAACUUUUAGCUGAGGAAGGAUAGCAUGGAACCAGAAGUUCUCAGCACAACUGUAAACUAUUUUACAUUCCUUUCUUUCUGCCAUUCCCUCUCCAACUGAAAUACAGUGGGAAGGACACCUGCCUAUGAUCGUUUAAUGAGCUUUUCAAGGAAGAAAUAUUAUAUAUUGUUUUCUUUGUUAAAAUUUAUUGAAAUAAAGAUGCAUUCAAGUCUUCAUACAGUGAGAGCUGAAAUUCUCAGUAGGCCAAGUAUAAUCAGUAGGGAAAUAAAACACAUUGUUUAAAGUAAAAUUUGAGUGUAAAAUGCGGAUUAGAUAAUUUCAAUAGCUAUUUGAAAUAUAUUCACUUGUUAUACUUUAUCGAAGAAACACCUGAUUUUUUUUUUUU